AGAGGGAAUCCCAGAAAAGAGUCACACAAACAUCGCGUUGCUGCUUUUGCUCCAGCUUGCUCUGUUUUAUUGGAACUGAAGAUGGACGACUGAAUGAGGAAUCGCAUUUUAAAAAAUCGGGAGGAGAUUUAUGUGUCAGACUGACCGAGAAGCUCCAAGAUAAAUAAUCUCCGAACCAUACUCUUCUGACUGCAGGGCGUCAGAUAGGCAUUUGGCCGAGCUGGGCUUUCGAAGUCUCAAUUCUCGCGUGGAAAGAAGCUCGCGUUCCUUGUGGAUGCUGUUGUGACACAGCAGGACAAGUCAGAACCGAGUGAGUACUUCUAAAUAGGAGUCACGCGCUCAAAUGGGAAGCGUAUCAGACGGAAAGACCUCUGGCGGGUUGUCAAGGAUGCUCGGACAACAACUGCACGACUGUCAAGAGUGAGGUUCCCCUCAAAUUCUUCUUCCUAGUGACAUUCAUUUAGACCAGACACAAUGGGGCCGCAUGACAUUUGUGUCAUUUCUUGUUCCUCCUCGACGUGACAUCGGACCUCACUGCUCAGGACUUGCAGUGCAGUCGCUCCUUAUUAAACAGAGCCAGCGAGCUGACUAUUUUAUUGUCAUUGCACUUCAUUAAGGCAUGGAUGACUCGGGUAUAAUACGACGGCGGAGGCUGCAGAAGGAUUUGCCACUGCCUCGCAAGAGCAGCAGCUGUCGAACAACCAACAGAAAGAGUCUGAUCUUGACAACCACAUCCCCCACUCUGCCCCGACCACACUCACCUCUACCUCUCCCAGGACACCUUGGAAGCAGCCCACUGGACAGUCCGAGAAACUUCUCUCCAAGCAACCCUGCUCACUUCUCCUUUGCCUCUUCCAGAAGAGCUGAUGGACGGCGUUGGUCUUUAGCGUCUUUGCCUUCGUCUGGUUAUGGCACAAACACUCCCAGUUCAACGUCGUCCAGCUCUUCGCAGGAGCGACUGCACCAGCUGCCCUUCCAGCCCACCAUGGAUGAGCUUCAUUUCUUGUCCAAGCAUUUUGGCAGCACGGAAAGCAUCACUGAUGAUGAUGGUGGACGCUCCUCUCCACAUGCUCGCCCACGCUCCCGCAGUCUCAGCCCAGGACGCUCCUCUUCAUGCUAUGAUAACGAGAUACUCAUGAUGAACCAUGUGUACAAGGAUCGCUUUCCAAAGGCCACCGCACAGAUGGAAGGGAAGCUUGCAGAGUUCAUUCACGCUUACUCUCCUGAAAAUGUUCUCCCGCUGGCCGACGGAGUCCUCAGCUUCAUCCACCACCAAAUCGCCGAGCUCUCAAGGGACUGCCUGACGAAAUCCUGCGAGGGACUCAUCACAUCUGUCUACUUCUUUGAGCUGCAGGAAAACCUGGAGAAGCUCCUUCAUGACGCCUUUGAACGUUCUGAGAGCUCCGAGGUGGCUUUUGUCACAGAGUUGGUGAAAAAGCUUCUCAUCAUCAUUUCCCGGCCUGCUAGGCUCUUGGAGUGUCUGGAAUUCAACCCUGAGGAGUUCUACCACCUGCUGGAGGCAGCGGAGGAUGUUGCGAAGGAGGGUCACCUGAUGAAAACUGACAUCCCUCGUUAUAUCGUCAGCCAGUUAGGACUCACCAGAGAUCCAAUUGAAGAGAUGGUCAACCUUGAUAGUUAUGACAGCGAAGGACCCCUGACACCUGAAACAGAUGAUUCGACCGAGGGUAAAAUUAGAGCAAUGAAACCACCAGGUGAAGCAGACUUCCAGACCAUCAAACUCAUUAGCCAUGGAGCAUAUGGUGCUGUGUAUUUGGUACGACACCUGGAGACACGACAGCGUUUUGCCAUGAAGAAAAUUAACAAGCAAAACCUGAUCUUAAGGAACCAAAUCCAACAGGCCUUUGUCGAGAGAGACAUCCUCACAUUUGCUGAGAACCCCUUUGUGGUGUCAAUGUUUUGUUCCUUUGAGACCCGUCGGCACCUGUGUAUGGUCAUGGAAUAUGUCGAAGGGGGAGACUGUGCUACUCUGCUGAAAAACAUUGGGGCUUUGCCAGUGGAAAUGGCUAGGAUGUACUUUGCUGAAACCGUCCUUGCUCUUGAGUACUUACACAACUAUGGCAUUGUCCACCGCGACCUCAAGCCUGAUAACCUUCUAAUAACAUCAAUGGGCCACAUCAAGCUUACCGACUUCGGCCUUUCUAAAAUGGGCUUGAUGAGUCUGACUACUAACCUGUAUGAAGGACACAUUGAGAAGGACACUCGUGAGUUCUUGGAUAAACAGGUGUGUGGAACUCCAGAGUAUAUUGCUCCUGAGGUAAUUCUUCGUCAAGGUUACGGAAAGCCAGUGGACUGGUGGGCUAUGGGUAUCAUCUUGUAUGAGUUCUUGGUGGGCUGUGUGCCUUUCUUUGGAGACACUCCGGAGGAGCUGUUUGGACAGGUCAUAUCAGAUGACAUUGUAUGGCCUGAAGGUGAUGAGGCGCUCCCUGUCGAUGCCCAACAUCUCAUCUCGUCUCUUUUACAAACAAAUCCACUUGUUCGACUAGGAACAGGGGGUGCUUUUGAAGUGAAGCAGCACUCCUUUUUCACAGAGGUGAACUGGAACAGCUUGCUGAGACAAAAGGCUGAGUUCAUCCCUCACCUGGAGUCAGAGGAGGACACUAGUUAUUUUGACACACGAUCUGAGCGCUACCAUCAUGUGCACUCAUAUGAGGAAGACGAUACCAAUGAUGAUGAGCCCGUGGAGUUGCAUCGCUUUUCUUCAUGUUCGCCCCGCUUUAGCAAGGUGUACAGCAGUAUGGAGCAUCUAUCACAGCUGGAGCAUAAACCACCAAGUGUAACUUUACGGGAGCACAAAGUUCCAAGAGAGGACCGAAUGGCCAAGAGAGAAAGCCUGGGUAGUUUUACGCUCAGGGACAAGAACUGGAGGACCGGAUCCCCUGAGAUGAAGCGUUUGUCCUGCUCUGAGUCUUCAUUCACUGAGAGUGACUACAGUCCUCCAUCUGGGGCCCGAAGGCGGUUCUCCGCCCUCAUGGACACACAUCGCUUGGCCUCACCUCUAGAAGUCGAUUCUGAACAGUCACUAUCCAGGGGCCAGCCACAAGUGAAGGUCAGGGGAACGUCUCUGGAAGGGGCCAUCGGUGCCAUCUCCUCUCAAGGCGACCUGAGGACAUACCUUAAAGAAAGCAAUGGGUUCACAGCUGGAGCAGCCAGCGCUACUGUUCUGGGACUUCCAGAGCCACAAGGGCCCAGAGGAGCCACAACAGACUUGGUGCUGAGGAGAGUUCGGCACCAGCAGCUGUCCGCCGAAGGAGAAAAAAGGAACUCUCGCCCAGGCAAUAAAGUUAUCAAAUCUGCUUCUGCUACUGCUUUAUCUGUCAUCAUUCCUGCAGUCGAACAACAUGGUGCCUCUCCCCUAGCGAGUCCCAUGUCUCCCCGCUCUCUGUCGUCCAACCCCUCGUCUCGAGACUCAUCUCCCAGUAGAGACUACUGUCCGGUUGUAAACAUCAUGCAUUCCCCAAUUACAAUCCACCGCUCUGGGAAGAAGUACGGUUUUACUCUCCGAGCAAUAAGAGUCUACAUAGGAGACAGUGAUGUCUACAGCGUACACCACAUGGUCUGGCAUGUGGAGGAUGGAGGCCCCGCCCAAGAGGCUGGACUUAAUGCUGGUGAUCUCAUCACUCACGUAAAUGGGGAGUCCGUUCACGGUCUUGUCCAUACAGAGGUUGUCGAGCUCAUCCUGAAGAGUGGAAACAAGGUGACCGUCACAACGACUCCCUUUGAGAACACCUCUAUAAAAGUAGGACCUGCACGCAAGACCAGCUAUAAAUGCAAAAUGGCACGACGCAGCAAAAGGCCAGGAGCCAAAGAGGGGCAAGAUAAGAAGCGCAGCUCCCUGUUCAGAAAAAUAACCAAGCAGUCCAAUUUGCUCCACACCAGUCGAAGCCUCUCCUCUUUGAAUCGUUCCCUAUCAUCUGGAGACAGUCUACCCGGAUCUCCUACCCACAGCUUUUGUGCCCGCUCACCCACUCAGAGUUAUCGAUCCACUCUGGAAACACCUUACGUGGGCACUUCCUCACAGAGCAGCUCCACAGCAUCAAGCACCCCCAACUCCCCAGCCACAACCCACCACAUGAGGCCCAGCUCUCUGCAUGGGCUUUCGCCUAAACUUCAUCGCCAAUACCGCUCGGCUCGCUGUAAAUCUGCUGGCAACAUCCCCUUAUCGCCUUUAGCACACACACCCUCUCCCACCACGUCUUCCCCUCCACCUCUGAGCGGCCACACGGUAGGUAGCUCCAACACCACACAGAUGUUCCCCGUAAAGCUACACUCGUCACCACCCGUUGCCCGUCCUCGUCCCAAGAGCGCAGAACCACCCAGAUCCCCACUUCUGCAACGAGUGCAAUCCGCAGAGAAGCUCGGAGCGCCUGUUCUCCCGUCCUCCUCAUCUUCAUCCUCAUCACCUUCUCCUCUGACGGGAGGGGUGUGCUUACGCAAGCACAGUCUGGAGGUCACCCAUGGAGACUACAGGAGAGAGUCCUUCCACUGUGAGCACAGCCUACAGAGUCUGCUCGAGAUGGAGGGAGAGAAUGGACCUGCUCCACCUUCCCCUUCUUCAUCUUCCUCCCCAUCUCCACCUUUGGGAGGGGAAACCAGUAGUUUGAAGCCUGUCAGAAGACUUGGAAGGCAGGAAUCACCACUCAGCCGUGACACAGUGUUACCGGUGAUGGAAAAAGAUACGCAAACCACGACAUCUGAUCUCACUGGGUGCGAUACUGAGACCAAAACAACAAAAAAUGAAUCUGGCCCCGACCCAAAUAAGACAUUAUCCUCCUCUGAGGUUCCACAGAGUUCAGCUGCAAUUGAGACGACCUCUUCUCCAGUCGUACCCACUGAGACCAAAUCAAAACAAGGGGUCAGACCUCCAAAUACAACAAAUGUUGCAACUUCUGAAGUUACUGUCUCUAAGAGCAAACCUUGUGAGAAAGUCUCCACUCCAGGGAUAACAAAGUGCCUCCAACCACAAGAGCGAAAGCAGAAGGAUGCUCAGAUAGACAGCAUAUCUUCAACUAAAGCUUUGGGAUGUGCCGAAGACAAAACCAAAAGUGCAGAGAAAAGUGCUUGUCGCAAAGGAUCAACAACAGAGUCAAACAAACCUCGUAAAGGCACAGAGACUGUUGAGAAAGAGAGCAUUGGUGGUGAUAAAAAAAGUGAGAUGACCAAGAUUAAAAGUCCUGCACCCCCAUUACCAACCCCAGCGCAAGUCCAAAGUACAGGAAAUGUACCAAUUGCAGUCAGCUCCAAAGUAGAAAGACCGUCAAAGAACCACUGCGGAGUGAAGGAGGAUAGGGCGCGCCUGGAAGUGUUGGAAGAAAACCCCAUGUCCCCUUCUUCUAAUGCAUCCUCACCUUGUUCCAGCAAACCACGCACCAUGUCCCCCGGGGAUCGAGCCAGCUUCGUCACGCAGCUCACAAGCGUCGCCAAAACAGUACUGGGGCCAAUGAAAGGAGGGUCGCAAGACAUUUCCAAGGUCAAGGAUACCAAUAAGGCAAGUGAGGAAAAACGAGGCAGCACAAUGGGAAGAGCGGAAGCUUCAGGUGGGAUCGGACGACGUGGGGCUCAUACAACAUCUGCUGGCAGUGCUCUCCAAUUGGAUAAAGGAAACAGUCGGAGUUCAAAACAUCAUUCAUAAUGAUAAACAAGCAAAAUACCUAAUACAUUGCCUUUUACUGUCAAAGCAUUCAAACAUAUCAUGACUUUUAAAUUAAACAUAUAUGCCUGAAGAGAAAUAAUCUGCAUCCGAGAUUUUGGACAUUUUGCAGGCAAGGGGGAAGAUGCAUCGCCUACUGUUUAAAAAUUUGUGUAGCAUAUUAUAGACCUGUGGAUGUCUGUUCUCUAUAUAUAUAAUAUAUAUACAUAUAUAUUAGACAUGUGCCGAUUACCGAUUUCAAGGUAUACCGUGGUAUGAAAACAUCAAAGUUUCAAAACUACAAAAAUUUUCCAUCAUACCGUCCCUAAGGUAUUAGCUUUUUUUGUGUUCCAAAAAUGCAUGGAGAAAUCCCUCACUUGCAACUGCAAGGCUCAACCCUCCACCACCGGUUGUUGCUCAGUGUCAGUGAGUCAGCUGUGCUUCAUGAUGGUUGGAGGAGGUUAAACUCCUGAACUUUUUCCCCCCAUGGAAGAAAACGAAAUCGCUGGUAUGGGAAUACUUCGGCUACAGAAAAGUUAAAGGCGGCUGCGGCUUAGAGGAGGAGGGCCAACCGACAUGUAAAACAUAUUUGCGGAGGGUGGCUGGCGAGGAGGCAAUACCUCCAAAAUGAUUUCACAUUUAUACAAAAUUAAAGGUUAGAAAACGCAAUCAUGAACGUUUUCCUCCAACCAUGAGAGUUAACUCCAGCGUGUUUAGUGUGUCUAGCGGUGGUAAAACGUGGUGUUUUUAUCUCUCCGGCAACUGUCUGUGUUGAGAGUGUGUGUAAUAUCUAAACAUGAUUCGAGUCAUACGCACAUGCUUUUUAUGGAAAAUAAUUAUUUUUGUUCUGAUGGUAAGAAUAUUGAGAUGUGGCUGUGGGUUAAGGCUCAGCUAAAGGAAUGCAUUUAUUUUAAUUUUAUUUAUAAUUUUUUAAAUAUUUUUUAAAAUGUUAUUUUAACGCAACAUUAUACUUCUGUUCCAAUUUACUAAUAUCUUGUGAAAAAUAAAAAUCCUUUUCAAUGGUAAAAAGUUUUUUUUUUUAACCCAGAUAUCUCAAAGUAAUACAUUUUAGAACUGUAAUAGCAAUACCCGUUAUAUCGUGUAACUGUGAUAUUUUUGCUUAAGGUUAUCAUACCGUCAGAAUAUCAUACUGGCACAUGCCUAAUAUACAUAUAUAUGUAUAACUGCAUGUUGUACAUGGAAAAUGUACAUAAAAAAAUAGAAUUUUCAAAAGCAGGUGAAAAAAAACAGGACCUUAAGGUAGUAAACACUGUGAACAACUUUGCAACCAUCACAACAUGCAAACCACAUUCCAUUUACUUAAUUAAUUCAAGGUAAUUCAAGUUAGCAUAAUGAUAUGAUAGUCAUGUAUUGUAAGAUAACAGAGAGGAAAAAAAUCAAAAAGGUUAGCGUACAGUAGUCUGGACCAAAUUACUUGUCGUCAAAGGAACUGGAUGGUGUUCUGAUUGGUUAAAGGGCUGUAUUCCAGUGGGGUAAUGUAUGGUUUGAAGUUGCACAGGGGCACUAUGCAAUGUGUUAAUAUUAAUGCCACUUUAGGUGUCCAGGUUGACUAUGUUUACAUUGUGUUGUCGACCAGUAGAGGUGAAAAAAAGAAGUAGUUGCAAUAUGCAGAGCAAAUAUAUUUUGCUUUUAAAAUUGUCCCUUUUAAUGUGCAAUUGCUAUUGUACGUGAAUUCAUUGUGUGUUUGUGUUAUUGUGUUGCUGAGAACUAAAUAGCACUUCAAAAGUUCAUUGAAUACAAUUUUAUUUAUUUAUUUUUACAUACGCUGAUAUAUGAUUGAUUUCAUCAUUUAUUGUGGAAAAUGUGUUUUCAUUUCUUUAGUUUGCAGUUUAAGAUAUUAGUGUCUGCUAAAUAUACAUUGAAACAGAUGCAUGUAAUACGUUCCAGAUAUUUUUACUCAUCUGAGUACAACUCAAACGCUGUGUUUCAGUGUUCUGUAUAGUUAGAAAAUUUUCCUAUGCAAGGUGUAAGGAUGCAUACUCACACUGAAUGUUUGACCAGCUUUCCAGCAUUAGUGCAAUGCACAAAAAAGGAACAAAAUCUUCUAUGAAAUGAAUGCUUUGCUGCAAUGCAAAGUGCAAACCAAGCAAUUGUAUCGAGUGAAAAUCUGAAUGAAAUGUCUGAAGAAAUUGUGAUGGUAUUGCAAAAAAAAAAAAAAAAAGUGAAAUGUUAAUUAUACUAAAUUACAUGGUUUGUUCACAGUCUAGCUGGUGACAACUCUAUUAGAAUUUGAGAUCAUUUUGAACCUUCAACAGGAAAUUCUGCCGAAGAAAGUACUAUUUGGGGUAAAGUAGUUUAAAUAAUAAUAAUAUUGCAUUGGAUGUACAUAGUACAUUUUGAGGUUAAGAACGUUGGACGGUAAAUAAUUACCUCAUUCUGUCAUGUUAUUACUUUGAUGGCCUAGAAUUUUUGUCAUGCAGAUGCUACUGCAUUCACUCAAAUUUUAAUUAAGGACAGAAAAACAAGUAUGUUGUAAACCGAGAACCUCCUGCCACGAUAAAGACCUCGAAUGCAGUAUUUUUCCCUUCAACCACGGUCUCUAGAAAUUGAACACUGUAUUUUGAAUUCAUGAGUGCAAUUCCAACAUUACAGCCCAUAGUAUAUAAUAGGUAUGUGAAUUUGUUCUUCCCGUUACAUUGCAAUCGCGUCUAUUUUUGUGUCAUGUAAAAUACGUACUUACCUUACACUGCCAUCUUGUGGAUUACUUGCUGCAAAGGCUGAUUAGUGUAGGUUUAGAGAAUGGGAUUUAUCCAAGUUAUAUUCUGAUGUCAAAGAUCUCUGUCAUUGAAAAUAAUUUAAAGUCCAUGCAAGUUUCUGACAUUUUAUUUAAUCGAAAAUGCUGUUUAGGGAUUCAGAGUGGAAUCACUUUGCAUUAAACACAAAUGGUUUGUGUGGAAUGAGUUGCACUUUAUUUUUGUGAAAUACGGUCUUGUGUUAACUGUAGAAAUAUUUUUUUGUUAAUGUAUUUACAUGUAUUCUCACAUUUGGAAAAUACCUUUUUCCGAUGAAGAAUAUAUUCCUCAUGGACAGUCGAGUACAACCCAGUAAAUUGUAUGCAAAAGAACAUGCAAAUCUCGAUAAUUUGAUUAGACUUUAGAUGUUUUAGAUGCACUAAAUCGCCAGUAAACAUUUGGUAAACGCCUGAAAAUGUUGAAUUUAAAUGGGAAUUAUUUCUGUUUCUGUUAUUUAUUUACUUAUUUUAUUUAAUGUGUAAGAAGUCUAGAGAGGUCCCCAUAUCCCUUCUGUGGGUACAGUAAUUCAUGUUUUCGUGUAUGACUGAGGCUGUCCAUUUUAAGUUCCUGUCUUGCAACUUGUGGGAAAAACAAUAAAAAGAGAAGAGAUGGCAAUUGGUUUUUACC